AUGGCAGGCCUUGCGACAAGCGCAGCAUUAAGUCUGGGACAAGGUUAUGUGCAGGAUUUGAGCAAGGAUUAUAGUGCGAAGCAUUUCCAGCCUACAAAGGACCCGUACUAUACUGAAAGGCCUGGAGGUGGAACCAAGAGAAGAAGACUUCCUGAGGGAUGUAGCAAACAAGAGAGCAAAGCUUGGAAGUCUGUACAGAAUAAGGCGUAUUUACAUGAUAAAUCACUAUGUGGAUGCUGCUGCUGGUGCGAUAAUAUAGGUUGGGCUCCAUUGUUGGCCUUAAUCCCCGGUAUUGGCCCCUUGCUGAUGUUUUGGGUUCAUAGUGAGUUAAUUAAAUUAGCUAACAAGAAAUUUCAGUUACCGGAAGACUUAAUGGCAAAAAUGUAUGGUAAUAUUGCUGUUGACUUAGCAUUAAGUCUUGUGCCACUUUUGGGAUCACUCUUUUCAUGGUUACAUGCAUGUUCCACGAGAAACGCCGCCAUGAUAUACAACUACGUUUCUAAAAGGGUAGUUGACAGAAAUACAAGACUAGAGCGGGAGAGACGAGUUCAAGAACAGAUGAGUGGUCAAUAUUCCAAUUAUUAUGUAGCAUCACAAACUCAACUUGGCAGCACAUGGCAACAACCUCCAACAGCCUCCAUGAGCCAACCUUAUCGACAGGCCAGGCAUGUUUGA